UUGUAUUGAGCAAUGGCUGACAAAGUGAAAAUUCAAGAGCUGGAUGAACCCACAGCAAAAAUGCUAUCGGGCCUACUUCCAAAUUGGUCCGAUUUUAGCCGUUUCGGCGAUGCUGGUUACUUGCUACCGACCACGCACAAGGAUGACGCCUACAAAUUCAAGACUAUGCCGGUUAGGCCUGAUGACAUCUGGGUUACCACGUUUCCUCGCUCCGGCACAACAUGGACACAAGAAUUGGUCUGGCUGCUUAAAAACGACCUCGAUUACGACAAGGCAUCGAAAAGUAAGCUGGGGGAGAGAUAUAUUUCUACCGGACUUGGACUAAUGCAGAAUACAGAUAUGCGGGCAAUACUCACUGCUUUGAGGCCCAAUGUCAUUGAAGCGUUGGAAAAUGCGCCUUCUCCUCGGUUCAUUAAGAACCAUUUUCCCUUGUCUCUGCUGCCUGAGAAUCUGGUGGACAUUGCUAAGGUCGUGUAUGUCGCCCGUGAUCCUAGGGACGUGGCAGUCUCUCUUUAUAAUUUCAUGAAAUUGAUGAAAAAUGAUGUAGGAAACUUUAAAUUGUUUUGGAAUCUUUUCAUUCAAGAUUUAUGCAACUAUACUCCAUACUUCGCUCAUAUAAAGGAAGCGUGGGCAUUACGCCACCACCCACAUAUGCUCUUCAUCUUUUACGAGGAAUUAUCAAAGGAUUUGCCCUCAUGUAUUAAACGCGUGGCAACAUUUCUCGGUGAAAAAGUAACAGACGAGCAAAUUGUCAAGCUCUGUGAGCAUCUGAACAUAGACAACUUCCGCAAGAACGGGUCUGUGAAUUGGGAAUGGCUGACUCGAAGAGUUUGUGACCCUGGCGCUGAGAGCUUCAUACGGAAAGGCAAAUGUGGUGGCUGGCGAGAGCACUUUGACGAAGAAAUGACGGCGCAAGCGCAGCAGUGGAUGCGAAAAAAUCUUUCCGACUGCGAUCUGCGAUUUCCUGACGCCGAUUUUUAG